GCGAGCCGGGGCCGCGUGCAGAGAGCGCAUCCCCGACUUGAGUCCCCGGGGACGCUGCUGCCAGCAUCCCCAGGCGGGGCCGGGCCGGGGGCAUGGUCCGCUGGGCCCAGCCUGGCGCCUCCGAGUUGGCGAUGUCCUCCAGUCGGGCCCCUCUGCGCUGUUGUGCCCCUCUCGGCACUUCAGAACCUCCGGGAAAGGGCCCCUGAGUGGUUUGAGUCGCAGCGCUGGGUCUAGUGGGGCAGGAAGUCCCCUCCUGCGUCCCUUCCCUGUGCUUCCUUUUUCAAGUAUUUCUUGCGGUUUCCUGACGUGAAUGGAGUUGCAGGCCCAAAAGUUGCGGCUGGCAUACACGAGGAGCUCCCAUUACGGCGGGUCUCUGCCCAACGUUAACCAGAUCGGCUGCGGCCUGGCUGAGUUUCCGGGCCCCCUCCACUCACCCCUGGACUCGGCUCGGAGCACUCGGCACCACGGGCUGGUGGAGCGGGUGCAGCGAGACCCCCGGCGGAUGGUGUCCCCACUGCGCCGCUACCCGCGCCACGUGGACAGCGCUCCCUACAGCCCCGCCUACUUGUCUCCUCCCCCGGAGUCCAGCUGGCGGAGGACGAUGCCCUGGGGCAAUUUCCCUGCCGAGAAGGGACAGCUGUUUCGACUCCCAUCUGCACUGAACAGGACGAGCUCUGACUCUGCGCUUCACACCAGCGUGAUGAACCCCAGCCCUCAGGACACUUAUCCGGGCCCCGCCCCUGCCAGCAUCCUGCCCAGUCGCCGAGGGGGUUUUCUGGAUGGUGAAGUGGACGGCGCCAAAGUCCCUGGUGCUGAGGAGAACUUGAUAGAUGACAGGCACUUGCUGAAGCCCUGGGACGCGAAGAAGCUGGCCUCCUCCUCCUCCCGGCCUCGGUCCUGCGAAGUCCCUGGAAUUAACAUUUUCCCGUCUCCUGACCAGCCCGCCAGCGUGCCUGUCCUCCCGCCCGCCAUGAACACGGGAGGCUCGCUGCCUGACCUCACCAACCUGCACUUCCCCCCGCCGCUGCCCACCCCCCUGGACCCUGAGGAGACCGCCUGCCCCAACCUGAGUGGGGGCAGCAGUACUUCCAACUUGACCCACACCAUGACCCACCUGGGCAUCAGCGGGGGCCUGGGCCUGGGCCCGGCCUAUGACGGGCCAGGACUUCCCUCCCCUCUCAGCCACCCACCCCUGCAGGCCUCCCUGAGCAAUCCCAACCUGCAGGCCUCCCUGGGCAGUCCUCAGCCCCAGCUCCAGGGCUCCCACAGCCACCCCUCACUGCCUGCUUCCUCCCUGGCCCGACAUGCACUGCCCACCGCCUCCUUGGGCCACCCCUCACUCAGCGCCCCGGCCCUCUCCUCUGCGUCCUCCUCCUCUGCCUCAUCUCCCGCCCUGGGUGCCCCCCUUUACCCGGCUUCUACUCCCGGGACCUCCCCCCGCCACCGCCGUGUGCCCCUCAGCCCCCUGAGUUUGCCCGCGGGCCCAGCUGACGCCAGGAGGUCCCAACAGCAGCUGCCCAAACAGUUUUCGCCAACAAUGUCACCCACCUUGUCCUCCAUCACUCAGGGUGUCCCCCUGGAUACCAGCAAACUGCCCGCUGAUCAGCGGCUGCCUCCAUACCCGUACAGCCCCCCAAGUCUGGUUCUGGCCACGCCGCCUCCCCAGCAGCCGGGGCUGUCCUCUCAGGCCUGCUCCAUGCAGGCGCCGUGCGGGCUCUGA